GCGGAGGCAACACGGAGCGCCUGUUCGUCCCCCAGCAGGAGACACGCAGAAGAGGAAAGAUUCCCCGAAACGCAGUGAGAGCCUCGGAUGAGGAGAAGAGGAGAGCGGAGGGCAUCGGAUAGGCAGCGACAAGGAUGGCAGCUCCAGACUUAUUGGAUCCUAAAUCCGCCACACACAACACCAAGCCCCGCCUCUCCUUCUCCACCAAACCACUCACACUGACUCCUCGGGAGGAGAGCGAGGUGGUUGCAACAGUGAUGAAGUGGAAGACGGUGACAGCCAUCUUUGUUUUGGUGGUUCUCUACCUGGUGACGGGAGCAGCAGUCUUCAGAUCCCUGGAGCAGCCUCAUGAGAGCGCUCAGCGCUUCGCCAUCCUGUCUCAGAAGCUGGAGUUCCUGUCCAGACACUCCUGUGUGAACCAGAGCCAGCUGGAGGAGCUGGUUAAGCAAGUUGUGUCUGCUAUCCGAUCAGGAGUGAACCCUGCAGGGACGCUGACCAACCACAGCAGCCUGUGGGACCUGAGCUCAGCCUUUUUCUUCGCUGGGACUGUUAUCACAACUAUUGGUUUCGGGAAUACUUCUCCUCACACUGAAGGUGGAAGAAUAUUCUGUAUCAUCUACGCACUGCUGGGGAUUCCUCUGUUCGGCUUCCUGCUGGCCGGGGUGGGAGAUCAGCUCGGCACCAUCUUUGGCAAGGGCAUAGCCAGGGUGGAGAAAAUGUUUGUGCACUGGGACAUCAGUCAGACAAAGAUCCGAGUCAUUUCCACCCUGCUGUUCGUGCUGUUCGGCUGCCUGCUGUUCGUGGCGUUCCCGGCAGCCAUCUUUAAACACAUCGAGGGUUGGUCUGUGCUGGAGUCCCUUUACUUUGUGGUCAUCACCUUGACCACCAUUGGAUUUGGUGACUUUGUGGCAGGUGACAACGCAGGCAGCUCAGAAAUUGAGUAUAUGGAUUACUAUAAGCCUGUGGUGUGGUUCUGGAUUCUGGUGGGACUGGCUUACUUUGCUGCCAUCCUCAGCAUGAUAGGAGACUGGUUCAGAGUCAUCUCCAAGAGGACUAAAGAAGAGGUUGGGGAGAUCAGAGCACACGCUGCAGAGUGGACGGCCAACGUCUCCGCAGAGUUUAAGGAGACCCGUCGCCGCGUCAGCGUUGAGAUCUACGAUAAGUUUCAGCGCGCCGCGUCCAUCAAACGCAAACUGUCCUCAGAGCUCGGCUUCAGCCCGGCGCCCGAGCUCACCCUGCCACGGCGGACUGUGUCUGUCAACUUCAACGAUGAGAAGAACGAGAGAGAUGCCAGAAACGGAGGUUUGUUCAUGAACGGGCUGGACCUGGAGAGAGGAGACGUCUCCAUCAUCGAACAGCUCAAGUAG